AUGGUCGUUCUAGAAUACGAUGCGUCCGCCGGUGCGCGUCCAAAGGAGCUUCCUACGUUCUCUAGCGCGCCUUUUUUCUUCGACCGCACAAAGCUCAACAGUGAUGGCACUUCAGACCUCAACCCAGGCUCUCUUUUAGCCGAUGCCAGGUCCGUGCAGUCACACUUUCACGCGCAAGUCUCGUACUAUUUCCCCGUGGGUGUCUCUGACUAUCACUACGGAGAACACCACCCCAUGAAGCCUGCGCGCUUGGCCUUGACGAAUCGACUUGUGCAUGGAUAUGGACUCCAUGAGUACAUGAAAGUGUAUUCACCCCGGUGGGCAACGCGAGAGGAACUAGAAGCAUUUCAUGACAGUGAUUAUGUGGAUUUCCUCAGUAAAACGACACCAACGACGCCCCUUUCUGCCGCGUUCACGCGGUUCAACUUUGCGGACGAUUGUCCAGUGUUUGAUGGCAUGUACGAUUUCUGUCGUGCCUACGCAGGUGCCACACUCUCCGCAGCUCGUCGAUUGGCCGCAGGUGCUACAGAUAUUUGCAUCAAUUGGACAGGAGGAUUGCAUCAUGCCAAAAAGUUCGAGGCGAGUGGAUUUUGUUAUAUUAAUGACAUUGUACUGGGCAUACUUGAACUGCUGCGCACGUUCCCGCGUGUGUUGUACAUUGACAUUGAUAUUCACCAUGGAGAUGGCGUCCAGGAAGCCUUUUAUACGUCGAACCGUGUCAUGACGGUAUCAUUCCACAAAUAUGGCAAUGAUUUUUUCCCAUGCACCGGUGAUAUUACAGAAACGGGCGUGGGCCUUGGCAAGCACUUUUGCCUGAAUGUACCGUUGCAAGAUGGCAUCGACGACGGCGCCUAUGUGGCACUCUUUAAAAGUGUCAUUGAACCAUGCGUGUACACGUUUCGACCUGGAGCCAUUGUGCUGCAAUGCGGCGCCGACUCUCUCGGCCUGGACCGCCUGGGCUGCUUCAACCUAAGCAUUUCAGCCCAUGGAGAAUGCGUGGCCUUCACAAAAGCUUUUGGCCUGCCUCUCCUUGUUCUGGGUGGGGGUGGCUACACGAUCCGCAACGUCGCACGUUGCUGGACAUACGAAACCUCUGUUUUAACUGGAACCCAAAUCCCCGAUGAUCUCCCACAUACCCCCUACGAUGCGUUCUUUGCGCCCACUCACCGUCUGCAUGAACCGCUCCUUGCCCGCGUCGAGAAUCAGAAUACGCGUUCCAGCCUAGAGAAAACGCGUAUUCAGAUUCUAGAGCAUCUUAGAUACCUGCAUGGGGCACCGAGCGUGCAGAUGGAGGAACUGCCACCUGAUCUCGCGGGUGGCUGGGUGGACGAACCAGUCAAGAACGACACGAAGGAACGCGACGACCCGUAG